GACAACAAAACAAUAAAGAACAUCGAUCUAGAAAAUAAAGUUGAAAUAAAGAUAAUAACAAAACAACAAAAAGUGCAGCAAAGAGCCAUAGAGAGAGCCAGGAUAGAGUCUCAAGAGAGCCACAAGAGAGCUACAAGAGAGAGCCAUAGAGAGAGACAAGAUAGAGUCGAAAGAGAGCCAUAG